GCUUCAGAAUGGCUGACGUGAAGGCACUCGAACACCCAACUCUGAAGGUCCCUUAUGAGCUACUGAAUAAGAAGUUCCGAUCCGCCCAAAAGUGUAUUGACCGUGAAGUCGCUCACAUUCAUUCAGCUGGAAAUGACUUGGAGGCCUGUCUUCAACAGAAAAGUCCCACAAUUGGAGAUGUUACCUGGGCCAUAGAUAGCAUGGUAGAAAAGCUGUGUCUUCUGAAACGAAAAGCUGAUGAGAGCAUCAAUGAGGAAUUGGAAGCUGCGCGUAUGAUCAAACGUCGUGUGGAACAUUUAAAAGAAGCAGAAUCAUUAGAACCACAUGCAAAGCCCCUAUGGCACAAGAAGAGACUUGAUCGAAUGCUGGUGGAAUAUUUUUUGAGGUCUGGCUACUACAACACAGCUAUAAAAUUAGCACAGCAUUCUGAUAUUGAGGAUCUGACAAAUAUUGAUUUAUUUCUCACAUCAAAACAAGUUGAGGAAUCACUUUUGCGAAGGGAAACAACUCCAUGUCUUAAUUGGUGCUAUGAUAAUAAAUCAAAGUUGAGGAAAAUGAAGAGUACUUUAGAAUUCAAACUUCGUCAACAAGAAUUUAUAGAACUGGUGCGAAGUAAUCAGAGGAUGGAGGCCGUAAGACAUGCUAGAAAAUAUUUUGUUAACUUAGAAGAGGACCAAUUAUCAGAUGUGCAAAGAGUGAUGGGACUUCUGGCAUUUCCUAGUGAUACAAGUAUUACAUCUUACCAGGAUCUGUUAGAUGACAAGCGAUGGCAGGAUUUGGUCCAACAAUUCCGCUAUGAGAACUUUAAACUUCACCAGCUUAACCAGUCAUCAGUGUUUGCUGUUAGUCUACAGGCAGGGUUAUCUGCCCUUAAGACACCAUUUUGUUACAAGGGCGAACAUGAAGGGAGGAAUGCUGAUUGUCCUGUGUGUGUGAAGAACCUUAAUGAACUUGCACGACCAUUACCCUACGCUCACUGUGCUAACUCGAAGCUGAUCUGUACUAUCACAGGCCUGCCACUGAAUGAGCAUAAUCCUCCAAUGUCACUCCCAAAUGGUCAUGUGUAUGGCUUCAAUUCUUUAGCUGAGCAAGCUGCACAAAAUGAUGGGAGAGUGGUGUGUCCUAGAACCAGGGAAAUAUUCCACAUAGAUGAGGCAGAAAAAGUCUUCGUCAUGUAGACCCAUGACCAGCUGAGUAGUGUUUCAGUGUAUACUAUUGUAAACUUCCUUCCUUGCUAUGCUGUUCAACUAGUAUUAGCUAAAUGUUUCAGCAAGACCACUCCACAGCGAAGCAUACCAACACCAUAACAUGGACAAAGUUAACAUCACUAAUUUUAGUUAUUUGGUUUCAAUGUCCCUAAAAUAUUUGGUCGUAUAUGUAUACCAAUAAUGCAUAUUGAUACAGAAUUCUACCAACUGUUGGUGGAUACAGCCAAUCACUGGACCAAGCUAACUGUAUUUAUCUAAAUAAAAGCCUAGAGGGGCCAACAUCUGGCUCAAAGUCAGAAGGUGGGUUGAUAACUGGACGAUGACUAGUGUUUGUUUGUAAUUCUUCUGAUAAGCAAUAUAUAUGGAUGUGCUUAUUACCAGGCAUGGGCCUAUAAGUGGAUAAAUACAGUUUAGGAUAGCGAUUGGUUACCUUCAUGAUUUAUUUUUUGGUAUUUAGCCUCUACCAGGUCUUUAUUGGGUGACUACAUUUAACAAUAUCAAACCUAUUUCAAUGAGAUUUAUUCUCCUUUGAAUAGAUGGUGCUAGUAAUAUAUAUUGUCAUCUGUAAAAAUCGUGAAAAUGAGCAGGUUUUUAUUUAGUGAUAGCACUGUGUCUUCUGGAUUAUAAGCCACAACUUUUUCCCUUGUGGAUGGGACCUGCGGCUUAUAUACAGAUGUGACUUAUGUGUAUGAAAAAGAAAAAAUUGGAAGAAUGCAAACAAUUUUGUAGAGUACCAGUUAUGUUACAACGUGAACUGACAACAAAUUAUAAUGUGUAAUUAUAUAUAGUAUAAUUAUGUAUAGAUUCUGGUCAUACUCUGAUGCUGUCAAGUCAAAUUUUAUUUAAAGUUACAAUUAGACCUAGCCCAGAGGUCAUGAAACAAUUUUAAACCAACUACAUGAGAUCUCUUUUCAUGACAUAAUCCAUGGUUGGUCAAGUCAAAACAAGACUUAUAAUCAUUUCAUGAUCCUGGGGUCUGGUCCUAUCAUUUUUGUUAGUCAAACACAAAAAAAUACAAUAUUUUAAUGACACAAGAACAGAGAUCUACGCAACCUCUCUGAUGUGAUGUACUAUAUUUGGUAUGGCACUUUUCUUCAGAGUUUUAUUCUGUGUUUAGUUGGUACAAAUACAUCACAAGAGGAACACGUUCCAGGGAAAAAGUCACAAAAUAACUUGGAAUGAAAAGUUGUGUCAUGCAUCACUGUUUACUGUAAAGUUUGUUAUUUUUAGUGAUUUUAUUAUUCACUCUGUUUGGGGACGAAAUAAAAUUGCUAAAAUAAACCAAGAUAGAUAUAGAUUAUACAUCAUAGGGGAAAAAAAUGUUUGUCCAUUUUAGGACUUCUGUCAAAAACACAUACGUUUUUAACUAAAAGAAAAAGGAUUUUACAGUAUGUUGUUUUUCAAUGGAGUUCAAUUUAUGAAAAUUUGUUUACUAAUUAAUAUUCAAGUCCUGCCAACCUGUCAAUAUAAGUGUAAUCGUCAUGUUGGUAGUGGUAUCAGAUGAGAUUUGUGUUGAUGCAGGCUAUACCAGGUUUAUAAUUUGAACACACAUGUCAAGUUUAUAUUUUAACAGUAUUUUAAAUCAAAGUUCAUGUUUACUCCGUUUAAGGUCUAUAUACAGGAAUGUCUGGGCAUGUUUUAGUACCAGCAGUACAGAUACUCUAUUCUUGCUCAACUUUUGUACUUUCAUAAAGAAAUUAUAAAGAAGUUUGUUUUAUGAUAUGAACAAAACAUUAUAUACUCUGAAGCAUUAACAUAGUUAUAUACAUAAAUUACUUUUAAAAGAUAUGUAUGCCUGAGUUACACUGAUACAUAUAUAUAUAUAUAUAUAUAUAUUUUUUUUGAUAUAAGGGAAAGCCAUGCUUUGAUGAAAUUUUCAAUAUGUUAUCACUCUGCAGCAUUGCUAAAGCAAAACUUUCUGAACUGUAAAUAAUUUUGAAAUAACUACCACUGAAGUAAGUCAUCUCUGUUUUCCUACUUAGUUUUGUACUUCCAGAAAAUUUGUUUAUAUCAAACUUGAUUAAUUUAUAUUUCAAUUUUUUAAAUAUUAACUAAAAUUAUCAUAUACUAGAUAUAGACAAGAGACACUUGUAAUGAAUAUGUAAAUUUAUCAAUGAGCAUUACAUACAGAAUAAGAAAAGCAGUACAGCACACAGCAAUUUUGUCUGUCUAUGGCUUCCCUGUGAUACCUGAUACUACAAGGGGCCAAAGUAUGGAUAAGGAUGUUAGGAAUUCUAAAACAGCCAAAGCAAAUAUGAAUAUAUAAAAAAGUGUUUAUAGAAACCCUAUGUUUGGAUCAAUUUGAGAAGGAAUCACUUGUAAGUUGUUAGAAGAUAUACAUGUUAAGUCAGUAAAAGUUUCAGAUUAAUUUUUUGAAGUCAGUUAGUGUAAGUUACAUAUAGAAACCUGCAUCAGGUUCAUGGAACAAUACACUUACUGUGGUGUAUGUUGGUAGGAGGAAUCAUGGGCAGAUAACUCUGUAUAACCUGUGGUAUUGUGAGGCAUUGAAAAGAGGUCUUAAGUCAGUUGUGGAAAGAUUUGAAUUUUGACAGAUUCAUUAUUUUCAUCAUAUAUAUUAAUCAUUACCAUGUUCAUUUUGAUUGAGAUGGGAAAUGUUAGCAGGAUACAAAUGAAAGAAUGUGUUUCGUUAGUGGUUUAAAAGGAUCCUACCUGUUAAUGUGAAAUGGAGUGUUUUUCAUACUUUUGUAUAACAGUUGAGCAUGUUGUGACUGUGGAGAUACCAUAGUUGUUUGAGGUUUGUAUAGAUUGUGUGUAUAUGGACAUAAACCAUUUUUCAUUUCCAUAGGUAAGCUGUUGACUGUUUCAACGACCUGAUUAAAAGUUGUUAACACCUUAAUGACCUUGAUAUUCUUUAUCGUCAGUCAUUUUGAUUUAGAUCUGAUGUUUUAACUGGAUAAUCAUCAUUGUUAUCCAGAAAUUCUUCUUAAAAGUCUGAUAAUAUGAAAUUUUUUAACAAGCCCAUACUUGAUUAUUGACUAAAAAAAUGCCCCCACCCCUUCAAUCUGAUUAGUAGGGGUAGGAUACGGGAUCAAAGAAAGUUUAAUUAUGAGUGGUAAGUUGAUCCCCAUAACCUGAUCAUUCUGAUAGAAAAGGUAUUGUUUGGUAAAUAGCCACAAUAAUGGUAUUUAUAGGCUCAUAUACUGAUACAUAAUUACAUAGACGUGUGUAUAAUGAUAUUUACAAUAACAAGGACAUCAGAAAACAAACAUUAACCCACUUCACGAAAUAAGUAGGCAUUUAACUUUAAUUAUUUGCCUACUGGUUUCGCCUGUUUUUAGCCCCUAAAGUACCCUAAAUGUGGUACCCUUUUCACGUGACAUAAAUUGUUACAGGGGCGGUAACUUAACAUCUAUAAAAUGUACAGCAUAGUAUAGAAUGUUACAUAAAUUAUUGUUAUUAUUAGAAUAAUGAUAAAUGUUAACGUGAAAAGGAUACUACUUUUAGGGUAUUUUAGAGGCUAAAAAUGUUAGUUACUCUGCCCUGACAAGCUGUAAGAGGUAGGCAAAUAAUGAAAGUUUAAUUCCUAUUUAUUUCGUGAAGCUGGUUUAUGUUGAGCACACUCUUUUCUGAUGUCCUUGUAAUUGUAACUGUUGGGUGGCUCCCUACAUACCUUUAGGUAUUUAUUUUUCCAGCAACUAGACCAGCAGAAGAACCUACCGAUAUACUGGACCAGUGUUGGCUCUUUCUCCCCUUUUAGAUGAUACAUAUUUGAUAUCAUGAAUUUUUAUGCAAAAUAGGUGUUGAAUUUGAAAUCAUUAGAGUCUCAGAGCAGUCAGGAGGAAAAUAUAUCAUCAAAAAAAUAUUUUUAUUGUAAUUGGAAAGAAUAUGUAUUGUUAUCAAAUGUACUUCUGAUAUUUCUUACUUCUAACAAAGAAUAGGACAUUUCUUUUCAGAAUUUAUGGACAAUUAUCGAAAAUUAUAAUCAAUUCAAGAUUCAAGUGUACUA